AUGGCCCAAGGAAACAUUGCAAUCAUCGGUGCUGGCCUCUCCGGCCUCACUUUGGCACUUGCACUUGACAAGCAGUCGAUCCCAUGCACUAUAUACGAGUCCCGCUCUGCCUCGCUCGACAUCGGCGGCGCAAUCAUGCUUUCCCCCAACGCCCUGCGUAUUCUAGAUGCAGUGGGAAUCUAUGAACAGAUAAAGCCCCACGCGUUCCAUUUCAAAGACCUCCAUUUCCGCACGACUGUUCCCCUCGACUCAUACGAAUUCGGGAACCAGGAGAGAUAUGGAUACGACGGGGUCCGUAUCUUUCGUUACGAACUAAUCAAGGCCCUACUGGCCACGACCAAAGAACGAGGAAUACAAAUUCAAUACGGCAAAAAGUUCGUUAAGGUCCUCUCUGAAACCGAAACCGAAGUCUUCUGGGAGUUUGACGACGGCACGACUGGACAAGCAGCAUGUUUGAUUGGGGCGGACGGUAUUCACUCCAGUGUGCGCAAGUAUCUGUAUCCAGAUCUGGAACCCAUAUUCACCAAUACCGUUGGCGUCAAUGCCGCUGUACCCACUGCCCAACUGAAUCUCCCGGACUCGUUCGACAACCCCGUGACAUUCAUGAACCCCAAACAUGGCGCUUUUGUCAUGGCACCACAGCUAGCCGACGGCUCUGAAGCCUUCAUCGGCAAGCAAAAGCGUGUAUCGGAACUGGACCGUGAGGGCUGGGCAGCGUUGCUCAACGACAAGCAGUGGUGUAUUGAGUUCCUCCGCCAAGGAGCCGAAGACUUCCCCAAAGUUGUGCAGAACGCAGUCUCGAAUAUCGAGUUGGACAGAAUUAGCCUCUGGCCUUUCUAUGUCGUUCCCAAGUUGGAUACCUGGACUUCAAAACACUCCCGUGUCGUCAUUCUCGGUGAUGCCGCGCAUGCUAUUCCGCCUACUGCUGGCCAGGGCGUUAACCAAGCAUUCGAGGAUGUCUACACAUUUGCUGUAAUCUGCGCCCGCUGUAAGCCCCAGGAGCUUGAGCGCGGUCUGAAGAUCUGGCAGCAUGGUCGACAGGGACGAGUCGAUCGGAUCUUGGAGCUUAAUGCUCAAAUCGAUGCUCGCCGGAUGCCUAAAGAUCCUGGCUCGGUCCCAACGGAAAUUCAAAGUCGUGAAUUCGAUCUGGAGUGGCUAUACAGCCCUAACUUUGACGAGAUGGCGGAAAAUUGGCUCGAGCAAGCUAUUGAGGCUUGA